CACUCCCACAUAACACAUAAAUAGACCUGAGGCACUCAGCUGCUGCAAAGUCCUCUGUCUGGUCAGAAAUAAAUGCAGCUAAAUUUAAAGUGACAUUUGUAUCUUUCUGCGGUGCCACUGAGAGAUCCAGGUCCAAGGUGCUUCCUGGAAGAUUAACAUUUAGACUGAGGAAGGGUUUUAUUUUUGGCAGCAGAAACUUGUGAACUUAAGAUAUGUAACAGAACUGCACCGAUCAGUGAGUGCGACUGGUUAAGUAGAGACAAUCUAAAUUAUCAAUAUCGCAGCAAUACUGUGGGCUCAUGAAACACCCCAACAAGCCUACAAAAAAACCAUCUCCAGAACCUUCUGGAUAACAGGGAUUAGCCUGGUGCCAUGCUUUAUGCAAGUUGUGGCCUAGAGAACUGAAGCUGACAACAGACGACAGAUGCCUAGUUUUCACAUUUAAAUUGAACUUACAGUCAUUGUACAGUAUUAUAGCAUAAAAAAUAAUAAACCCAUCCUUAAAUAUUUCAGAUCAGUCAAAUAAUUUUGUAAAUAAAAAUGGAAUUCAAAUUUGACAGUAAAAUGUUCCUAGCUAGUUUAUGGCCUGUGACAUAUAAUGAAACAUGACGAUACACCAGGCCACAUGGUUGCUAAAAGCUAAAAGGCCCGCCUCCUAUGGCCAGAUGUGUGUUCAGAUUGGCCUGGCCCAGCAGUGCCCCACACCACAUAAAGUGUAAUGAGAGCUUGGGCCGCAGACAGAAAUAGUGCAUCCCAAAGGACUCCUCAACGUCGCCUGUCUGGCUUGCUUUGCCGUGCUGGGUGCUCUGGGCACCGGGCCCUAUUUCCAACAUGGCUGGGCUUCUCUGCAGAACCAAGCGAAAGAAACAAGUGGAUGAGCACCUGGAAGAAGGCAAACAGGCCAUCAAUGCCCCACUUCUGGCCCCAAGAGUGGAUGCACUGCCUGAUAACACACUGCUUGAUGAUAACACAGAGAGGAGCAUGCUGGAUCCCAGCUCGAGGGAAAACCCCAAGUUUAAAGAACUGCAGAGGCUGCUGAUUGACUGGAUUAACAAUGAAUUGGUGGAGGAGAGGAUCAUUGUUAAGGACCUGGAAGAAGACCUGUAUGAUGGGCAGGUGCUACAGAAGCUGUUUGAGAAGCUGUCCCGAUGGAUGCUGAACAUGGCAGAGGUGACGCAGUCAGAGAUUGGUCAGAAGCAGAAGCUGAAAAUGGUUCUGGGAGCUGUGAACCAAUUGCUGAGGCCCCAUGGCUGGGACAUCGAUUGGAGUGUGGAUUCUGUCCAUUCCAAGAACCUGGUGGCUAUCGUGUCCCUGUUGGUGGCCCUGGCCAUGCACUUCCAGGCCCCCAUCCGCCUGCCGGAGCACGUCUCCGUACAGAUAGUGCUGGUCAAGAAAAGAGAUGGCAUACUACAGACAUCCCAUGUGACCAAGGAGAUAACUACUACCAAUGAAAUGAUGCUGAGGAAAUUUGAAAGAGAUGCAUUUGACACUCUGCUUGAUCAUGCCCCUGACAAGCUCAACGUAGUUAAGAUGUCUCUCAUCACAUUUGUGAAUAAACACCUGAACAAACUCAACCUCGAGGUGACGGAGCUGGAGUCACAGUUUGCAGAUGGGGUCUACCUGGUGCUGCUGAUGGGUCUACUGGAGGGGUACUUUGUGCCCCUGUACAACUUCUAUCUCACACCAGAGAACUUUGAACAGAAGGUGCACAACGUGGCCUUUGCCUUUGAGCUGAUGCAGGAUGCAGGACUCAAGAAGCCCAAAUCUCGCCCUGAAGAUGUUGUCAACAUAAUCUUGAAGUCCACUCUGAGGGUCCUCUACAACCUGUUCACCAACUACAGACACACAGAGUAAGCAUGAGCUAUUAGCACCCCACCCCCCUCCAUAAAAGGCUUAUCACCCCUGUCACAUGAUGGCCCAUCCUGGGGUGCCACGCAUUAUAAUACUGUCAGUCUCUGUCAGGCUUUUUACGGAACUGCAGAAAUGAUGCUUCUAUAGCCAAUGAGAUGCAUAAUCUCCUCCUACUGUGGGCAACACCCACUCUCUCAGUGCUGGUGUAGACAGUGACAAAUGAUCAGUCACAAUGGGGGGAAAAGGUAAAAUCCAUUUAGCCUGGAUGACAUGGGGGACUUUGGAAAAAAAAAACUGCUAAAAAUUAUUUGAAUAGUGGUUGGGCUUUCAGCACCUGCUUCACAAUCAUGAAUUUGUAUACUUAAAUUAUUAAGCAACCUGCCUAGGAGAGAAAUGCAGAAAAAAGGCUUAAAUUAAGAGGUUUGUUGCCAUUCAGCUUAGAAGCAUUAAAAAUCCAGAGUGUCUUAAGAAUAGAGUAAUAUUAAUAAGUUUACUUAAGCAUAUUGAAGACUUUUUUCACUGUUGAGCUGUGAACAAUCAAACCUGGUCUGAGUGGGGUUUUGAACUUAAUGUCUAAGCUGCUCUUAGUGUAUAUACUGUACACCCUUUUAUAGGCUUCCUUUAGCUAACUGCAAAUGUUUCUGAAGGCUUUGUUAUUGGGGGAGUGUCAGUUUUACAAAAGUAAUGCACUGCUACAUGUGUCCCACUUUCGCACUGUUGCACUUGUUUCCAAGAUUGUGUCAAAUGUCACAGUAGUGAGGUGGAUGUGGUUUCUGAAUGUUUUUUGUUCUUAUCACCACUGUUGAAUCAUUUAGGUUUUAACAUUGAGUGACAGUUGCAGGUAAUGUGGUCUGGAUAUUAAGUGGAUUUUAAAAGGUGUAAUGCGUCCUCUGUAGACCUGAAAGUCAUUUGUAACCUAUGAUUUGAACUGAAAAGCAUAAAUUCACGAUCAUCAUGGG